GGAAUUUUUAGGGCUAGAAAGCGAGCAGUGCAUAGCAGACGUGCCACAAGGAAGAGACAACGAGAACAGGAGCGCCCCCGCGUCUGAACCCCUCCAAGGAAAGAGGGUGGUGGUUUACGGGAAAUAUCCGCCGGUUUCCUCCAUGUUUUGGACACUAGAAUCCGCGAGUGCGCGCCCUCAUGUGAGGGCGUAGAAUCAAGGAGCCUCUACCCUGGCACCGCGCUCAACUCUCCGAGGGGCACCGCAUCAACACUACCUCUUGCCACAGCACCAUGAUGAAGAAGGACAUUAAUCUCAACCUGGACACGCAGACCUCCGAGCUCAAGGCCAAUCCGCUGCGCGACGCCGACGUGCUACUUAACUCGCCAGACUUGGGUCUUCUCAAACUGGCCUCCCCCGACCUGGAGCGUCUCAUCAUCCAGUCCAACGGGCUGGUGGGCGCCGCCAACCCGGCGUCCCAGUUCCUCUACCCAAAAUCGGCCAGUGACGAGCAGGAGUUCGCGGAAGGCUUCGUCAAGGCUCUGGAGGAUCUGCACAAGCAGAACCAGCUGAGCGAGGCCGGCUGCGUCUCGAUGGACAGGCUGGAGCUCCUCGGAGCCGCCAACGCGGUGGGCUCGACGGGGAUCCAGACGUCGGAUCUGCCCGUCUACACCACGCUGAACGGCUAUGCAGCCAGCCCGCUGGGCGGCACUAUCAACUACUCCACUGACACCAUCCCUUUCCUGCCGCCUCCUUCCCACCUCAGCCCGCAGCAGCAGCAGCGGACCACCGCGGCGGUUCUGUCCCGGCUGCAGUCCGCCGACGGGGCCGUGAAGGACGAACCGCAGACGGUCCCGGACAUGCAGAGCCUCGGGGACAGCCCACCUCUCUCCCCGAUUGACAUGGACAACCAGGAGCGCAUUAAGGCGGAGAGGAAAAAGCUGCGCAACCGGAUAGCUGCCUCCAAGUGCCGCAAACGGAAACUGGAGAGGAUCUCUCGGCUGGAAGACAAGGUGAAGAGCCUGAAGACGCAGAACACCGAGCUGGCGUCCACGGCCAGCGUGCUACGGGAGCAGGUGGCCCAGCUCAAGCAGAAGGUGAUGAACCACGUCAGCAGCGGAUGCCAACUUUUACCAAACCAGGUCCAAGCUUACUAAUUUCACCAAUGCCAAAUGACUUUGGAGGCAUGUUUUAAAAAUGCAGCGUGCAGGUGAACGAAAAAGUUCAUUGACAAGAGGGUGUGAACCGCAAACCCGUUGCUGUUAGUCAAUGGAAGCGGAUUGUUGGGAAACAGCCAUGUAGCAAAGUGCCAUGCAGCACCGUGAGACGAGGGUGUCAAACUCAUUUUUGUCGUUAUUAGUUUUCCCUGACAAGGCCGUUAUGGCCGUCAAACCAUUUGUAGUCAAAUGUAUAAUCACCUCAUCGUGUUAUUUAUUACAUAUAAGCUAGAGAUUGACGCAUUUUUUAAAAAAAAAAGAUCAACUAUUGUUCAAUUUACAGUGGUACUUUCACUUGAUUUGUAUUGCGAACAUCACAAUUCGCCUGUUUUCUGGGUUUGGUCAAGUCACAUUUAUUUAUGUAGCCCUUAAUCAUUCUGCCCUCUUCAUUUGUUUUACCAUUUGAAGUUGCUUUUACCCCAGAUUUGAUUAAAGCAGUAAAUAAAUCUAUCACGUGGCUGCCCAUAACACCGAACAAAACUUGUGAAUUGAACUGCUCAUAAGUGAAGGAGCCACUGUAAUAAUAAUCAUUUUAAAAAAGGUUAAAAAGACUACCGUUUUUUUUCUUCCAAGAAAGAUAAAAUAGAUGCGCCUGAUAUGUUUUAUUUGGCCACAUAAAAAAUUGUGGCAGGCUGUAUUUGGUCCCUGGGCCUUGAGUUUGACACCUGUGGUGUACAGGAUAGUAUGGAUGGAAAAUCAACAGCCAAAUGUAAGGGUGUCAGUCACCAAGUGCUGUCAUCCAAUUGUACAUAUACUGCCUUACUUGUUUACAAGCACUUAGCUAUGACAAAUAUCUAUUUUUUAUUUACUGAAGCAUUUCUUUACUUUUUUUUUUUUCUUUCCAAAAAGGCACACUGCAUGUUUUGUAGCCGUCGUGUCUGUAAACCAGCGUAUUCCAUUGUGUUUGUCUUCAUGGUGGCUGCUUAGAAGACUUUAGGCACCAAACUUCUUUGAAUGUACGUUCAUGUAUUGGAAUGGACUCUCAUCUCUCUUACAUUAUAUUCACUACAUGACUACAGCAAAAGUGUUUUCGCCCAUAUUGUAAAUUAAAAAGAAUUGCUUUUCUUACCA